CUUUGACAUCGGUGUGAUUGCCAAAAAACAGCCUUAUUUUUUUUAUCAGCGCUUUCAAACGCGUUUAUUUUAUUCCCAAAUGGAGAGCAGGUAUUAUUACUUCGCCGGGCAAACGCCGGAGAACACCAAAAUAUCAGAACGGAGCCAUGCCUUGCACAUUACCAGCACAGAGAUGAAUAAAAUCCGCAAGCAAUUGGAUAGAAACAAAAUCGCUAAAGAAGAAAGGGAAAGGGAAGAAGCUAGAAAGAAAUACCUUGAAGAGGGUUCCAAGGAUAUGAUCAAAUUAUGGGUUGAUUCUUUAGAGAACAUCAGAAAGCGAAAAGAGGAAGAAAAAGUGCGAGCAAUCGAAGAGGAAAAGCGAAUCCGCCACGAAAAGUUCCUCGAAACCAGGCGGGAGUUGGAGGAAAACCAGAAAAUAUUCGUCGAGAAAGCGAGGAAACAAACUUUCUUAAAGACAGCCAACGCACAAUUGAUAAUCAGAGCUUACCAAUCUGGCGAAGUCCUCAAAGAAAGGGAGAAACAGAUCGAACUUAAAGCGAAAAUUAAGAAGCACGAAGACGAAGUCGAAGCGGUGGAAAUAGAAAACGUCCGAAGAAUCGCCAGAGAACACGCGGAAGAAGUAAAACGAAACAAAGAUGAAGAGAAACGAAAAAGGCGCGAAUGGGGAGACGAAUGCAGAAAAUUCUUGGCAGAGAAAUCCCAACGAGAAAAAGAAGAAAAGAAACAACGCAUCGAACAAGAGGACAAAGAAUGGCAAGAAGGCAAAAACGAAGAAGCUUGCAUCGAACGGAUGAAAAAAGAAAACAGUUUGAAGAUGAAGCGAACCAUCAAAGCCGACAUUUGCAAGCAAAUGACGUAUGAAUGCGAGGCCAGGAAGAUGGCCAAAAUGGAAGAUAAGGAAUUGGACGAAUGCCUUAAAGUAUUCCGCGACGCGAAAGAUAGAAUGCAAUGCAUGAUAAAAGCUAGACAAGCAGAAAUACUGGAAGAAGAUAUGGAACGCAAGGUAGCUGCAAAUAAAUAUUUCAUGGAGAAGAAAGCCCUUGACGCGCUGAAGCUGGCCGAAAGAGAGGAAGAAUCCUAUCAAAAAGCAGCGCAAGAAAAGGACGCAAUAUACAGGGAGAGAGAAAAGGAAAUACAAGACCUCAAAGAUAAAGACGCCAAAAAUAAAAUCGAAGACAUGCAGAGGUUCUUGAAGAAGGAAGAACAGAGCAACAAAGACAAAGCGGACAUGCUCAGAUGGUACAAAUUGAACAACUUGAAAAACGCCGAAGCUGUGAAGAUGCUGGAUGAUGAAAGGAAGGCGAAACAGCGGGAAUACAUGAAGAAAUACAGCCAGCAAUUACUCCAACAAGCGCAAGAUCGCAGAGAUAACGAGAAGUACGAGAAGGAACGAGACGAGUACAUCACCAAAACCAUAGCACCGAACGAUGAUGAAAACUUCUUCGAAUUGGCCGAUGAAGUGAUGAAGAACGCUGUGGAUAAAGGCAGAUCGACCAUACCCGUGCACAAGGCGAUUUUGGAGUACAAGAAGAAUAAUCUGCUGCCUUACGAGAAACAGGCCAAGGACGAUCCGGCCCGGUGCGAGGAUUACAUGGAAGGGAUGAAAGGGUACACGAAAAAUUUCGUGACGAAAGGGAACAGGCUGAAGAUGCCGUUUAGAAGAUGCAAAUGCCAACAGGAUCUUUAAUUUUAUCAUAAAGCUUAUCCGUUCUAAAGAAGACAAGACGUCACGAGCCAGCCGGUUGCAACGUUGCCAGGUUGUAAUUGAAAUCCUUUAUGUUACAGAUGUAUUUAAUUUAAGAUUUUUACCUUGAAUGUUUACAAAUUAAAAUUCCCCUAGUCAAAUGGCAGGAUUAACAUUGACACUAGGGGAAUGUUGGACUGCGUCGAAAUAACCAAAAAUUACGUCAUUGUCUUUUUAGAAUCGAUAAGCUUUAGCGGUUAUGUAUAAAUGAAACGAACAAUCG